UUUCUGAAGAAACCGCUCUUAUAUAAGCAAUGCACCUUGCAGAGAGUUUGUAUUUUACAAAUAGCGUCUAACUCUGUACAAUCAUUAUUAUUUGCUUUCAAUAUGAUUGAUAAGAGGGUUUCCGUAUUCUUCAUUUUUUCUUUUUCUCUUAUUUUUUUUAUUAUCUGUGUCAAUGGCCAAUCACGCUUAAUUGGAUCCGAAUGCUGGUCGUACAGCGACUGUAGUAGUAGUGUGCUUAAUAGCUAUUGUAAAAAUUAUCGUUGCGUUUGCUAUAGCCCUUACAUUCCAAGUCAGAACUUAAACAUGUGUACAAUAGCUACCGGCGAGCCCUGUCCAACUCUUAGCACUGUCUGCUAUGAUAAUAACGCUCGCUGCAAUUCAACAAAGAAAGGAUAUUGCGAAUGCAAAGAUACAUUUGUGCAACAUACAGACACCAGGGUAUGUUUGAGAGCCAUCGGUCAGAGCUGUACUGGAGCUGAAGUGGCCUGUGUCGAUGGAUCCUGUCAGAAUGACAAGUGUCAAUGUCCACAGCCCCUAGUAGGCAAUUCUUUUGGCAACAGGUGUGUCACCGCUCUCGGUGAAAAUUGUCUGCAGAGUCAAGAAUGCGCCGACCCUCACGCUACCUGUGAAGCAAAUGGACCUUGUAUCUGCAAUGAUGGAUUCCGGCAAGUUCAACGCGCAGAUGGUUCUACGCUUUGCAAACGGGUCCUAGGAGCAGCCUGCGACGAGGAUGAAGACUGUGCAAACGAAUAUUCAUUUUGUGAGAGCAUGAGACAAGGAACUACCAUUUGUAAUUGUCGCGAAGGCUACGUGCGAUCUACUGACACGAAGAAAUGUCUUGCAGUACCCCUUCUUUGGCCAGGCUCUUGCGAGGAGAAUCUGCAGUGUCAUGGAGCUUUUGGAAGUCUGAGUAAUUGUACAAAUUUCACUUGCAGUUGUCCAAUUGGAUACGAGUUCAGUGAAAACAGCGGUGAAUGUGUUCUUUCAAUUUCACAAUAUUAUGGCAAGUCUCGAAUCCACGAAUACUGCAACAUAGACUAUGACUGUAUUCAACAUGCAUUCUGUCGAGAACAGCAUACAUGCCUGUGUGAGCCAUAUUAUGCACCAACGCCUGAUAAAGGAAUGUGCACCGCGACACCGGGAUUGCCAUGUUCGAGUGAUUCAGUUUGCGCAACUAUGACUAACUCAGAAUGCGUACAAGGCCUAUGUGCGUGUAAAAUAAACUUUAUCCUGGACUUGAAGAACUCAUCGAAUUGCAUUGCCCGACCUGUCAUUGAGGGUGAUCAUUGUCAAACCCAAGACGAAUGUUACGAUGCAAUGGACAGAGCGCAUUGUGUGAAUGAACGCUGUCAUUGUUACACGAAUUAUCAUUUUGUAUUGGGAUUAGGAAGAUGCAUAAGGAGUCGAGAUCUUAACGAUACCUGUCAAGCGGAUUACGAAUGCUUUAUAAAGGGUGAUUCGAAGGAAUUGGAAUGUCAGUUUGGACGUUGUCGCUACAGACUUGAAAAUACAUCGUCUAGCUCAAAUCCAACAACUAUUGCAGUCAUUACGAUACUUGGAUUAGGAAUUAUUCGGACGAUACUUUAAGAAACUUACAAAUGUAUGGAGUUUAGUAUGAGUGUGAACUUGCUACCAAUUAAUUGGAAUGAUGUAAUUUUAAUGAAUUCGAACAACAUUUAGUUAUGGAACAAUCGAAUGGAGCCCAUUGUAAUGCGGAUCAGUUGUAAUUAUUUAUUAUUACAAUGUGUUUUUAUAAACGAUUAAUUGAUUCCUAUUAUGUAGAAUUAAUUAUUCGUAUCUCUCAUGACAUUACUACAUUUCUAUUUACCGUCAUCAGAUAAUAGGUGAUAAAUAAUGACUGAUCUAUGAAUAUUUUCUUACAACUUUGUUAUACCAUGUAGAGAAACCGAGAAUAAAGAUCGUCUAGAAA